AUGGCCGAAACAACCUUUCAUGGUGAGCGCCACUCUGCAACAUCAAUAGAAGCCGAAAGUUCUUCUCUUGAAGCUUCGGUAGAAGAUAUGGUGACACAAGGAGGCGAUUCCUCUCAUAUGUCCUUCCAGCUAACUUCUCAUCGAUUAAACGGGAAGAAAUAUCUGGAAUGGGCGCAGUCAGUAAAGCUUGCAAUUGAUGGCAGUGGAAAAUUAGGACAUAUGACUGGAGAGACGAUAAAGCCGGAAGUUGGAGACCCAAAGAUGAAUGCCUGGAGAUCAGAUAACUCACUCGUGAUUGCCUGGCUAAUAAAUUCCAUGGAUACAGUCAUAGGUAAAUCUUAUAUUUUUUUACCCACUGCUAGGGAUGUGUGGGAAGCCGUUAGGGAGACAUAUUCAUAUGUAGAAAAUGCCUCUCAGAUAUUUGAGUUAAAAAUUAAACUUUGGCAAGCUAAGCAGGAUAAGAGGGAAGUAACUGCUUAUUAUAAUGAAAUGGUGUCUUUAUGGCAAGAGUUAGAUCAGUGUUACCAUGAUGAAUGUGAUUGUCCCGCCGAUAGUGUGAAAACAAGAAAAGGGGAAGAAAAUGAGAAAGCUUACCUUUUCUUAGCAGGAUUAAAUCGGGAUUUUGACGAGUUCAGGUCACCGAUCCUAGGAAAAAACCCUCUGCCUUCAAUUCGUGAAACCUUGUCUGAAAUUAGGAGAGAGGAAAGUAGGGGGAAAGUUAUGUUAAAACCUUAUUUGAACCUUGAACUAAAACCUGUUGUAGAUGCUUCAGCACUUGCAACAGUGAAAAAUGAAGAUGAUAAAAAGAAAAGGCCAUGGUGCGAUCAUUGCAAAAAAUACUGGCAUACCCGUGAAACAUGUUGGAAGAUUCAUGGGAAACCACCAAACACGAAGAAAAAAGAAGUUGACAAUCGUUGCUUCCGAUCUCAACAUGGUGAGGCCUUCCAAACAACCUAUUUUGAUCAGGGGCAGCAACCUUCUCCAGAAACAUCUCCAUUCACAAGGGAACAACUGGAACUUCUGCAAAAACUCCUUCAAUCUCCACAAUUCUGA